CUGUUCCCGUCCUGCCCACGUCCGGCCGGCGGGUGGGCCAAGCGGCGCCCAGGACUUGCUGGGACCCUGGCUGGGGGUCGGAGGCCAGAAGCAACGAUUGCCAACCUUCCUGUGGGCAGGAUGAAGCUGGGCCCGGGCGUCUGGGUGGUGGUGUGGCUGAGCCUGGGGGGUGGCUCGGCUCAGGGCGACCCCAGCCCCAAAGCAGAUGAGUCCUACUCGGACUGGGGCCUCCGGCACCUCCGCGGCAGCUUUGAGUCGGUCAACAGUUACUUCGAUUCCUUCCUGGAGCUGCUGGGGGGCAAGGACGGAGUCUGUCAGUACCGGUGCCGAUAUGUUAACCAGCAGGUGCACUUUCCAGAGUUUGGUGGGAGACAAGUAUGUGAGCUCAAGGCACCAUUAGGGAACUUGGUGUGGCUACCCACUCCUGCAUGGCCCGACUCGAUGGACUUGGGUAUCCCAGCAAUGACCAAGUGCUGUAACCAGCUGGAUGUCUGCUAUGACACUUGUGGGGCCAACAAAUACCGCUGCGAUGCAAAAUUCCGAUGGUGUCUCCACUCCAUCUGCUCUGAUCUGAAGCGGAGCCUCGGCUUCGUCUCCAACGUGGAAGCAGCCUGUGAUUCUCUGGCUGACACUGUGUUCAAUACUGUAUGGACCUUGGGCUGCCGGCCCUUCAUGAACAGUCAACGGGCAGCUUGCAUUUGUGCAGAAGAGGAAAAAGAAGAGUUAUGAGGCCCAAGUGGCUCUUCCUGGCUUGAGUGACCCACUGCUGUGGUCUCAGUGGCAGGAGCACGGCAUAUGUGUGUCAUCCCUCCUUCCAACAGUUUGGAUCCUACAAAGCAAGAGAAAGGAAACAAGUUCUAUCCUUGGAGAGAAGUUGAGCAAAUGACAUGGAAAGAUGGAAGGUUGUUCUUCAUUUCAACACUGGACUUCCUGACCAAGACACUUUUGCCUGGCAAUCCUAUUUUCAGCUUAAAGACUAAUGACAGCAAACCCUACGAUUCCAGGAAUGGGUUAUUAUAAGCAAAAUUUGGGGGAGUCCAACCAUUUGGAAGACAAUGACUUUCCUCUAGACCAUGUUUCAGUUGCCAGUAAUCACCUCACAUUUAAUAAAGCGUGCUUUUUAGAAAACU